GAUUAGAGAAAAUCUCUUCUACAUCACACCGGGAUCUCUCACUCUCUUCCUCGGCCACCACAACACCGGUGCAGCGCAAUCGAUCAUCGUUAAGAAAUGGGUUGGCUACUGACUCUCGCCAUCCUCUUCUUCGCCACCGCCGUCUCCGCCGCUGUAUCUCGAUCGAAUUCUCCGCAUCUCCAUUCGAUUGCAUUCGUCAAUAACACGAGCAGUAGAGGCAACACCAUGAUCUUGCCCCUGUUUCUCAAGCAGCGCAACAGCCACCGCCUCAAUGAGGACUUUUUCUCCCCCCGCCAUCUCCACUCGCGCACCACUCCCAACGCUCGCAUGCCUCUCCAUGACGAUCUCCUCCGCAACGGGUAUUAUACGACUCGGCUGUGGAUCGGGACGCCGCCGCAGAUGUUCGCUCUCAUAGUUGAUACUGGCAGUACUGUUACUUAUGUUCCUUGCUCGACUUGUAAACAGUGUGGAAUGCAUCAGGAUCCGAGGUUCCAACCGGAUUUGUCAAGCACCUACAAACCUCUAAAGUGCAACACUCAUUGCACUUGUGAUGCUGAUACAGAACAAUGUAUUUAUGAAAGGCAAUAUGCUGAAAUGAGUUCUAGCAGUGGGGUCUUGGGAGUAGACAUAAUUUCAUUUGGCAAUCUAAGUGAUCUGGAACCGCAACGAGCUACUUUUGGAUGUGAGAAUAUGGAAACAGGGGAUCUUUACAGCCAACAUGCAGAUGGAAUAAUGGGUUUAGGUCGUGGAGAUAUUAGUAUCAUGGAUCAGCUUGUUGAAAAAGGUGUAAUCAAUGAUUCAUUUUCGUUGUGCUAUGGUGGAAUGGAUGUGGGUGGUGGUUCAAUGGUUCUUGGAGAAAUUUUCCCCCCUAGUGAAAUGGUGUUUACACAUUCCGACCCUCUUCGCAGUCCAUAUUACAAUAUCGAGCUGAAUGAGAUUCGUGUUGCUGGGAAAAAGCUGCCCCUGAAUUCCAAUGUUUUUGAUGGCCAACAUGGAACUAUUCUGGAUAGUGGCACAACCUAUGCUUAUCUUCCAGAUGCGGCAUUUGAGGCCUUUAAAGCAGCUCUUCUCAAGGAAACCCAGUCCCUCAAAAGAAUACAAGGUCCUGACCCUAACUACAAUGAUAUCUGCUUCUUCUCAAGUGCCGGAAGUGAUGUAGCACAACUAUCAAAAGCUUUUCCGUCCGUUGAAAUGGUAUUUGGCAAUGGACAAAAGCUGUUGUUGGACCCUGAAAAUUACUUGUUCAGGCACUCAAAGGUGCAUGGUGCAUACUGUCUUGGGAUCUUCCAGAAUGGAAAGGAUUCAACCACUCUUUUGGGAGCUAUAAUUUUCCAGAAUACACUUGUGACAUAUGACCGCGAACAUGAAAAGGUUGGUUUCUGGAAAACCAAUUGCUCCGAGUUAUGGGAGAGAAUGCACUUAUCGCCUGCCUCGUCGUCAACCGCAGGCAUGGCUCCUAAGCUUGCCCCAACCGGACUCCCUCAACCCGAAACUUCAGGGGACGUGUUAUCCGUGCCACAACUCGUAUCAGUACUCGUACUAGUUACGUCACUUUUGUAAUACAUUAUUUCCCGCUCACCAAGAAUUGAUUUAUGAGACAAUGACAUAUUACACAAUGUAAUUAUCAAAAUUUUAGAUUAACAAUCAUCAUCACAUUUAUUAUUUAUGUAACCAAUUCUAAUAGGCCAGAUUUGAGUUGUAGUCUCGCCCUAGAUCAAGUGAUUUAUUUUCUUAUUUUUUGUGAGGACUUAAAUGAAAUAUAUUGGAUGGUCAUUUUCAUAGAGGAUUAUCUUGAGAAA